AUGCCUGGCCAUACCAUCGUCCCAAUUCCGUCCUCCGUCUCAUUGUGUAAGCCCCUGUGCGAUGUUGCAGUCGACACGAAUAUGUACUUUGCUUUGUCCGGUCGUCUGCGACGUUUAAGUUUCCAGGAUCAAACUUCCAAGUUACCAUUUAAGGCAGAUGAUAUGUUCCGUCCUUCGUACAAUAAAACUACAACGGGAGCAAGUGAUGUCUUAAGCGCUGCAUCAGUACCUAAGUGGUUUGAGGUUCAAGCUCUGGAAGUGAAAGGUUUUAAAGAACUGAGAUGA